AUGGGUGACAACAACGUCAACUUGACGCUCGACGAGAUCAUCAAGGGCCAGAAGGCCCGAGGCCAGAAAAACGCUCGCCAGGCGCGCACCCAGCAGACGCCGAGGCGCAAGUUUGGCGUGGGUGUUAGGAAGAUCGGCGCCAACCGCGGACGAAUCAUGAAGCGUAAUUUUAACAACAGCCCGCGUCAGGCGGUCCGCGCUGGCAACCAGAAGAUCUCGCCCAGCACGCAGAAACUCGUCGAGGAAUUGGCUCUGAAAACGGUGAAGAAGGUUCUGUCGAGCGGCACGAACCCGCGCAAUCAAUUGACCAAGAAGAUCCUCGCAAGGUCUGCACCGGCCCGAGCAUUGCCUCCGGGCCGCAACCGCUUGGCCACGCUGAUCGCUCGCCACCGUCUCGCCACCGCCCCUCGCAAGGCCGUUCAAGUGGUCGAAGAGGUGCGCCCGACUCAGGGAGGCCGGAAGCAAGUGAUCAUCAAGAGGAUCGCCCAGAAGGCGCCGAUCCAGAACCGUGUCGUGAUUCGCCGUGCCCCACAACAGCAGCGAAGCCGCAUCCAAUUCAACAAUGUGAAUGCGCGUCAGCUUGUCCGUCAAGCCAUGCGCGAGAACAACCGGCCCGUCCAGAAGCGUCAGCAACCACAACAGAAGCAGCAGGCGCCCGGUGGCCGUGCCAUGAAUGUGAAGAAUAACAAGAUGUUCUCGGCUCUGUUCGGCGGCGGCUCGCAGAAUAAUGCCGAGCGCCUCAACGCCAACGACAGCUUCCUGGACCGUCUCGGCGCCCCGUUCAGCGCAAGGGCCGCGGCUUUAACGCGAAGUAUAAGAAUGAAUACUGAU